GUCUACCACCAUUUCUACAGUUUUGAGUGUAUUCAGUUCCAGAUUGUUCUGGUCGCACCACGAGGCUAGUUGUUCAACCUCCCGUCUGUAUGCGGGUUCAUCAUUGUCUCAAAUGAGACUGAUCACUGUUGUGUCAUCUGUGAACUUCAGUAAUUAACAGAUGGGUCAUUAGAGAUGCAGUCAUUGGUAUACAGAGAGAAGAGAAGUGGGGAGAGCACACAGCCUUGGGGGGCCCCUGUGCUAAUUGUACAGGUAUCUGAUGUGAUUCUGCUUAGCUUCACCUGCUGCUUCCUGUUUGUUAGGAAGCUUAUGAUCCACCUACAAGUAUGUUCCGGUACCUGUAGCUGGUUUAGCUUAGUUAGAAGAGUGUCUGGAAUGAUGGUAUUGAAUGCUGAACUAAAGUCUACAAAGAGGACCCUUGCGUAGGUCUUUGGAGAUUCAAGAUGUUGUAGGAUGUAAGCAGAACCUGUCACAUAUUCAUUUUGCCCUGUGCAACUUUGGGCUCAGGCUGGAAGUUAGGAAUUUCACUCCAGGUUCAAAUUGGGAAAGGGAAGGUGGGCGGUGGGGGUAGAAAAUUGUUGAGAAAGGGCCAGGCAGCUCCUAACACCAUCCAUAAGAGAAGUGGUCAAGUAGGAUGUUGAAGAUCGGUGAUUGGGGGCUCUCUGGUAUCCAUUUGUCCAAGUAUUUUCCUAUUUACAAGGCAUUUGCCUAUAGCGACUUAACCAUAUGGAGAGCAGUCGGAUUUUUGGCUGCCCUCAGCCAAGCAAGAGGCAGCCAAAGAAUUUGGGGAGAAGUGCCUAGAAAAGUCUCUCCAGAUUUUUUGAGCCUCUGUGGGUGGAAAUAAGACACAAGACAGGCAUCCUAGGAGGGACAGCAAAGGGGCCUUGAAGCAGCCAUCAAAACCGAGAGCGUGAGAAAGAGAGGAGGGAGGGCAGGCAGAGACCUAGCCCCUCCCCUGGCUGGCAGCCAGUCCUCCUCUGGAGCCGUUGAGCAGGCAGCCUCCGCACAUGUGAGCAGCAACCCUGGUGAAAAGAUGAACUAGGAUGUUGUGUAGCGUCCAAUUGCAAGUCCCAGGUGAAGGGUAGGCUUCUGCAUUCUCCAGUUGCCAUGAUAACUGUGAUCUGUUAAGACCAACCGCUGGAAGGAAGCCUGGAGCACCAGACCAUCCUGAGACAUCCAGAAAGUGUCUCCUUCCUUGAACUUGCAAGAUCUCCAGUCUUCUAACUUCUGCUUUCCCACCCAGGGGAAUUCUGGAAAGAAGGCCUCUGACAUGUGAGGAGUUCCCUGAGAGAUUCCUUGGAGCAAACCACUGAGGACCUCAUGGCAGUGUGGUCACCUUCACCACCCACCUGUUGACAGGAGAUGUUUCUACCACCUGUAGCAAAAUGAGCCACGGUGCCAAUUCUCACCUGGUUGAUUCUCCUCGGCUCUCCAAAAGGAGCUUACUCAGCAUCCUCGGGAGCCCGCAGCCUGAAAGGAUGAGCUUGUCGGACUCUAUGUCUCCUACCCCGAAGAGUGGCACUCCUUCCCCUGGCCCCCCGCAGCUCCCCCUGUUGAAUUCCACCUGUCACGACAGUGACUGGGAGAGCCGGGAAGAGUUGCGCCUGCGAGAGCUUGAAGAAGCCCGGGCCCGAGCCGCCCAGAUGGAGAAGACCAUGCGUUGGUGGUCCGACUGCACCGCCAACUGGCGGGAGAAGUGGAGCAAGGUCCGUGCGGAGCGUAACAAGGCCCGGGAGGAGGUGCGCCAGCUGCGUCAGAAGCUGGAGACCUUGAGCAAGGAACUGACUGGUCUAAAGCGGGAAAAGCAAGAGGCCCUCAACGAGAACCAGCAGCUGGGCAAGGAAGUCGCCCGUCUGAAAGGAGAAGAGAAGGAAGAAGAGAAGGAGAAAGAGAUGGACAACCGCAUUGUCUCCGAGAAGGAGAGCGAGGCCUCCCCGGAACAGGAGCCGGUGCGAGACGUGGGCUCUGAGAAGGAGGUGAAAAAUAAGUCCCUGCAGGAGUUUGAGCUGAUGGAGAACUUCCUGAAGAACAAGCAAGAAGAAGGUGAAUGCUGGGACCAACGGAGCUCAAUUAGCAUCCGUUCAUCCUUCACUCGUCAAGAGAGGAAUCGACUGUUUUGGGAAGACGUUUCGGUCAUUGAGGAGGAUGCCACCAAGAUCACUGCCCUGAAGCUACGACUGGAUGAGUCUCAGAAAGUGCUCCUCAAAGAAAGGGAGGACAAGCUGUCCCUCAGCAAGAACAUUGAGAAGCUGGAAGGUGAACUGAGCCAAUGGAAGAUCAAGUAUGAGGAGCUGAACAAGAAUAAGCAGGAGGUGCUAAAGCAGCUGAACAUUCUCAAGGAGAUUCACCAGGAUGAGCUGGGACGCAUCUCUGAGGACCUAGAAGACGAAUUGGGGGCUCGCUCAAGUAUGGACAAGAAAUUGGUGGAGUUACGGUCAGAGAUGGAGCGUCUCCAGGCCGAGAACGCAGCCGAAUGGGGCAAGCGAGAACGGCUGGAAACAGAGAAGCUGAAUCUAGAACGGGAGAAUAAGAAGCUGAAGGCCCAGAUCGAAGAUCUGGAGGAGAUCCUGGCUCGGAAACGGAGGCAAACCACUUGCGCUCUUGACACGGAUUUCAAGACCAUCCAAGUGGAGCUGUUUGAGAAGAAUAAGGAGUUGGCUGACCUGAAGCACGUCCAUGCCAAACUGAAGAAGCAGCACCAGGAGAAGAUGUCCGAACUGGGCCACACGAUCCGGCGAGUGGAGCAGCAUGAGGCAGAAGUGAAGAAGUUGCGGUUGCGGGUAGAGGAACUGAAGAAGGAGCUGGCUCAAGCGGAGGAUGAGCUCGAUGAGGCUCAUAACCAGGCCCGCAAAUUGCAGAGGUCGCUGGAUGAGCAGACGGAACAGAGUGAAAAUCUCCAAGUCCAGCUGGAACACCUGCAAUCCAGACUUCGCCGGCAGCAGAACCUCCCUCUUUUUGGGAAAAUGCGUGGGUCACGCUUUGGUCCAGAAGAGCCCGCAGAUUGUACCAGCGACUUGGAUGAAGACGAAGAUUUGAAAAUCCAAGUUCCGUAGCAGCUGGUUGUCCAAGUCUGGAAGGUUGCAUCUAAAAGGUCAGGAAGUUGCUGAGCUGAGGCUCUUGGACAAGAUAGUUGCUUGUCCCACCUUAGAGCCUCUUUUUUCACCUGACUUGAAAGAUGAUCAAAGAGCUCUAGACAGAUAACGUCAUCAGAAGAUUUGUGGAGAAGUUCUGAGAAACUUUCUUGAAAGUCAUACCCCCGUUUCUCCUUUUUCUUCUCCUAGUUCAGCCUCAAUCCAUCAAACGCCACAGAGACUAACAAGAGCAAAAUACUAUAAGCUUCACAUAACCCAAAGCAGUGAGAACCAUCUCCUCCUGGCAUGGAGAGAACGUGUUUAACCACACCUCUACAGCCUUAAUUUCUCUCCCAUUGAAACUUUCUGCAAAUGCUACUUUCCUUGAACUUUCCAGUUCUUCAGAUCCAUGAUUUGGGGAUGAGCUCACCUGAAACAGCAGGCCAAGGAGGGAACCAAAAUUUGGGUGAGAACAAGUCAGGUUCUCUGUUACCAGAGAUCCCACUGAGUCCAUCACCUCUUCCCCCAAACCAAUCAGUCCAGGAUCUUCUGACAUACCCGUCCCUCCAUAUCUCAUGAGGUCUGAAGAGAAGGCAACGGAGGCACCAGAAAAUCUGAGAGGUGGAUUUUUCUAUCAUGUUAGCCUACCUUUAAUUCCUGCCUGUCUACAGGAGAAAAGUUAAGUGAAUUCUUGAUAUGCUAUGUCUCAAAGAUGCUUCUUUUCAAAAGGCAAAUUGACUUUUUUUGAGGAAGAAGAAGACAUUUUGCUUCUCAUCCAAGAAGCUUCAUCAGUUGUGUGAUGAUGAAGUCAUCAAACAGAUAAAGCUUCUUGGAUGAGACACAAAACUACUACUACUACUACUAUUACUACUACUUCUUCUCCUCCUCCUCCUCCUCCUAAAAAAAAGCAGUUCACUUCUGAGACAACUAUGACCUGGAUGACUGAGAAUCUCCAUAGACAUUGAUAUGCUAUGAUUAACCAUCUGCUUUGUGCCAAAAGAUCUAAAACAUCAAUUUGUGAGGGAAGGAGCAACGGCAUAUCAAUUUCUUUCCCAGCUGAUGCUUCUCCAGUCAUUAGUUUUUUAAGAGCCUCCAGUAUUAAACCAUGAUUAUGUAGCUUUCUCUUAACAGGCUGCUGUCUAGGCGAUCUUGUCUUCCUCCUUCUGUUCCUCCUCCCCAUUUAUUUUAAAUCAACACGAGUCCUUAAAAUGAGGAGAAAGCCACAAGAGCAGCUCUCUUGGGCUUUGGUCCAUAGGAUCCAUUCCUGGAUCUUCAGUAGAUUUUUUGGUUUUUUUGAUACCUUUUUUGAUGCCACUCUCCGUCAGGAGUGUUGGGUCUCUUGGCCACAGCACUUCUAUUAUACAUUCUCUCGCAUUUAGCAGCUGCUCAACAGAUGGAUUACUAGACAUCGUAGACCUUGGACCUACAUUACUGCUACAAAGUGUGUGUCUUAUUGUGGUGCUUGCCGAAGGAAGAUGUUUAUCAUUUUUCUUCAGCCAUCAGAGUGGCUGAAUUCUCAAGAGUUCUCAUCCCACUGGUGGGGGUUUAGCAUUCUACUUGAACAUAUGCCUUAUUCACAGUUUGCACUGUGCAAUCAUGGUUUCAAAUUCCGAUCAUCUACAGUUGGUUGGAUUCACGUAGGCUAAGCCAAUAUUAAACCUCACUAUAGUUUGACAUAUUGGAUGGAGCCAGCCCUUGUAUGGGGGGAGGGGGUGUCUCUUGCUAAUUGGAGGGUCUGCAUAUCAGGGGUGUCCAACCUUGACAACUUUAAGACCUGUGGACCUCAACUUCCAGAAUUCUGGCUGGGCAAUUCUGGGAGUUGAAGUUCAGAAGUCUUAAAGUUGCCAAGGUUGGACAUCCCUGGUCUAUAGUAAAGGCCAAGAGUCAGUCCUUUUCAAUCCUAGGAAGAAGACAAUGGUAAAGACACCUUUGAAAAGAUUGUCUGCAAAUUUCCAUCCAAGCAAUUGCCCACUGACAGGCUUGACCAAAAGGAUUAAAAUGAUUCUCAUUUCAACUCCUCAUCCUGAUUCAACAAGUUUCAUCUUCUUCUUUAUCAAUGUGGGGUGUACUUUACAUCUCAUGUUUUAAUGUCCAGCUCCUCCUGGAGUGGUUCCUCUAGAACAGGGGUCAGCAACCUUAAACACUCAAAGAGCCACAAAGGUCCUAACUGGAAGCCCCCAGUUCAAUUCUGGAGCCAACCAGAAGUCCAGUUGCCCCACCAUAGACUCUCCUCCUAGCGUGGUGUCCUUUUUCCUCUACCUGUCCUAACUGAAAGCUCUUAUCAAUUGUGGAGCUGACCGGUGACAGGGAGCUGCAGCAGAGGGAUGAAAGAACCACAUGCAGCUCUAGAGCCACCAGUUGCCGACCCCUGCUCUAGAAAAACCUCAAAGUUGGGGACUGCAGCUCCCAAAAUUCCUCAGAACACUUUCAGAAUUGGGAAUUUGCUUUGGGAAUUCUGGAGGACUAACUUCCAAAUACACCUCGAAGAUCCCUUUGGAGGGUUGGUGUUCUAGAGGCCAAGACAUUGUUUUGCCCACAGGACUCAAUCAUGCCGAUUAAACAUGCCUAACAGCUUUGCAAGGUGCCUUCCUGACACAAAAAGCUUGAUGCAAAAUCUGGAGCUCCAACUGGCUGAGCAGGACAAACUCACAAAUGGGGCAGAUCCACUUGAUAGUUUAACCUCAAAAGUGAGGAAGCUCUCAUGGGGUAUCAUUUUGCAGGAUCACAAAGUAAAUAAACAAUUUGAUCACCAGCAAAAUGCUACCUAUGUACGUUUUUGAUCCACAUAAAUUUCAAAUGAAAGCUGAAGAACAUUUCCAAGAAAGUGGAGCUCUUGUUAGAAUGAUUGCUUAAUAUCACUGUCCCUACCCAGUUCCACUCCUACCUAUUUUUCCUUCUCCCAUACUUCCUGGUUUUCCCAAAGAAUUCCAGGUCCUUUGCAUCUGCAAGUUCAUUUCUUGAAAACUGGAGAACUAAAUAACUAGUUGGGAAGUACAUGACAACACUCAUGAUUUGCUCUGCUUCAAUUGUACUAUUUAGAACAGUGUUUUUCAACCUUGGCCAGUGGAAGAUGUGUGGACUUCAACUUCCAGAAUUCCCCAGCCAGCUCAGCUGGCUGAGGAAUUCUGGGAGUUGAAGUCCACACAUCUUCCACUGGCCAAGGUUGAGAAACACCGAUUUAGAGAGCUGGGAAUCCUUGUUGCAAUACAAUAUAGGUUUGUUUGGUACUGAACACACAAAAUCUUAUUUGUUGCUGAUCUGGUGCUCUUUCCAAAGCUGUGAAGAGAUGUUGAGUGAAACUCCAGGACAUGAAGGUCUCCCACAGGUACCAUUGACUUCACAAGCAAAGAAAUUGUUUGUUCAACUUUGUUUUUUUUUAAUAAAACAAGAAUUUAUAUUAAAUGAGUUGGGUGGAUUUGAUCACAGAGAGAGAAGGGGCAUACAGUGCAUUUAAUGACCGUUCAAAGUGCACCAAAAAAUCUUUUUCACACUUAUGACCUCUGUAGCAUCUCCAGGUCAUGUGAUCAAAAUUCAGAUGCUUCACAACUGACUCAAAUUUAUGACAGUUGUGUUGUCCCAGGGUCCCGUGAUCCUCUUUUGCAACCUUCUGACAAGCAAAGUCAAUGGGAAAACCAAAUUCACUUAACAACCAUAUUCCUAACUUAAUAACCAAUCAGACCACAGCCCUGUUAUUCCUUCUCCUCCUCAACCCCACUGCCUUCUAGCACUGAUGGUGUUUCCUAGUUUGGUAAUGAAACGUCUGCAAGACAACAACCAAGGUCAGAGAGUACCAAGGACAGCACAGUCCUUUUCCUCCUUCUGCUCCUCCUGAUGAUGUUACCUAGUUUGGGUAAUGAAACAUCUGUGAGAAAACAACCAAGCUCAGAGACCACCAAGGAUCCUUCACUUUGCUUUAUCCUUGGCCGGUGGGCUGUCUUGCCCUAACUGUGUUUGACAGGAAGGUUUCUUUUUGUUACUGUCCAGCGGGAUUUUCAGCGGGAAGGGAGAGGGCUCAUUGGAGGAGACUUCCAAUGAUGGAUUUUGGGGGGAGGGGGGGACCAAAAAUUCCACUUGAUGGUCUCUCGAUCGAUAUUCUGACAACCUCAGAUUCUUCCUUCCUUUCUCCCCGGUUUUAUUUAUGCGUAGGCACACACACACAGGCGUGUGCCUUUCAAAGGAUCCUCUCCGGGAGUUUCCCCAUGAAUAAAAGAUGGAGCCUUGCAAUUACCAGCUCAUGGAGGCUUCCUCGGCUUGACAGCUAAUAUGGCUUUUGGAGAGGAGCCCAAAACAACGGUUAAAAAUUAAGCAAUAAGGGCCUGUGAUAAUAGUUCUAUAGCAAGCCUGGAGUUUGUGUUUCCACCGUGGCAGAGUGAGUGUGAGCUCACUUCCUCCCCGCACUGAGAUGCAGGGGCAUGCAAGGGCUCUUGGAAAUGGUUUCCAGGGAAACCAUGGGCAACCUUUUGGGAUAUGGACCGCCCUUGCAAAGAGGGAAUGCGUUAAAAAGGUGGGAAGAUGCUUGUAGACUGUAUGUCUAAAGCAGUGGUAGAAUGCAAGUUUUUUU